CGCGGCCUUCCUCUUUCUCUUCCGGUCCCACGCGCUUCGGCAUCUGCGGGCCCCGGUGCAGACAUGGCCAAGUCCAAGAACCACACCACGCACAACCAGUCCCGAAAAUGGCAUAGAAACGGCAUCAAGAAACCCCGAUCACAACGAUAUGAAUCUCUUAAGGGGGUAGACCCCAAGUUCCUGAGGAACAUGCGCUUUGCCAAGAAGCACAACAAGAAAGGCCUGAAGAAGAUGCAGGCCAACAAUGCCAAGGCCAUGAGUGCACGUGCUGAGGCUGUCAAGGCCCUCGUGAAGCCCAAGGAGAUCAAGCCCAAGAUGCCAACAGGCGGCAGCCGCAAGCUCAGCCGACUUGCCUACAUCGCUCACCCCAAGCUUGGGAAGCGUGCUCGUGCUCGCAUCGCCAAGGGCCUCAGGCUCUGCCGGCCAAAGUCCCAGGCCAAGGCUUCAACCAAAGCCAAGCCACCUGUGGCUGCGGCUCCAGCUGCCAAGGGUGCCCAGGCCCCCACCAAAGCUCCGGAGUAGAGACCUUCAUCUCCCAGUGUGAGGACAGAAGGACUGGUGUGACCCCCUGGGCUGCUGUCUGCGCGGGGCUGGUGUCCUCCUGUGCUAUUUGUACAAAUAAAUCUGAGACAGGA